CUUCGAUAUCUGGCAUUUGAUACUCCCAUACUUCCGGAGACCUACCGCUCCUUCACGAAGUCAACAAGCCCUGGAUGGCCUAAUUCUCCGCCUUUGAUUCUCAGUUAUCGAAAGCGCAAAGAGAAGAGCGACAUAGCACGAUGUUCACCCCAGUGAAUACGUCCCUCGGGGCUCUACUGCUCUUCCAGGGCUCGUCCGGUCUCCUCUUCCAUAAUGGAAAGAUCUUUGGCAUCUCCUCUCUCCUGACCGGCUGUAUCUUCCAACCUGGUGCAGACAACCUUCCCAUCAUCGCUGGAUUGCUAUCCAGCUGGGUUCCCGUCUACUUCUUGGCGCCGUCCUUGAUACCCUCAUACCCGUCGGUGGUGUUGGAUUCGUUGAGAUCGGUAGCGGGAACUCUAGGAUUGGGAUUCUUGGUUGGCUGGGGCACGAAGAAUGGUCGUGGCUGCACGUCCGGCCACAUGCUCUGUGGUCUAUCUAGACUCUCUCCACGCUCUCUGAUCGCAACCUCCAUCUUCUUCACCACCGCUCUUCUCACAGCCAACUUUGCAACCGGUACUUCCAGUAGCAUCAUCCCGGCGUGUCCGGGCGGAGUCCCAUGCUACACUCCCAGCUACCCGACAACUCCUGAGCUGGCCUUCAUCGCCUCCGCCACUGUCCUGUCCUUCCUGACAAACUACGUCCUGGUCCCGCACGUCCUGAGUCGCUCGAAGAAAUCCCGCACGAUUUUCUCCUAUCUCGCGGGUAUCGAGUUCGGGCUUGGUCUGAUCAUCUCUGGAAUGGCCGACCCGGCGAAAGUCCAGCGCUUCUUCGCAUUCUUGACUGAUCUGUCACGAUUCGACCCUUCCCUGGCUCUCAUUAUUCUCUUUGGCAUCGGCCCUUCGCUGAUCAGUUAUCUCAUUGCGAAGCCGGGAAAGAAACAGGAACAGUCGGAAAAUGGAGCCGAAGCGGAGAUCAAGAAGCCGACAUUGGGGGAGACCUGGAGCCUACCCACAGCCACCGUGGCUGACAUCGACUGGCGCUUCGUAGCUGGCGCAAUAGCAUUUGGAGUCGGAUGGGGGCUCAGCGGAGUGUGUCCAGGCCCGGCGGCGUUGAGGGCAGUGCUGCAGCCUAUCUGGGGUUCUCUGUGGAUGGGUGGCUAUAUGCUGGGAAGCCUCCUAUAAGAGGAAAUGGACUUGUUCGGGAUACUUCUCCCAUUCAACUCUGCGCCUUUGAACAGAAACGGCGCCCGAGGCAGAGCUCAACUUCACCAUAAUGUUGUAUACAAUAACGACUACUAAUAUCUAUAAUGAUUACCCGUUACCUAACGCCUUCUAUGCAUAUCAAGCUGGAAAGACCA